CCAAAGUGAAGCAACUGACGCUCACAUGGCUGGUCAUGACGAAUCAUUGUCAUUGCUUUGGGAGAGAGUUACUGCGGAGGUAGAUGAUCUUGUUGCUAAAAGGCAACGAGGUAUCAGUUCCGUGGAGGACUUCGCAGUGGACCGGGUAUGCGCGGGUUUAGAAAAAUUGAGGCAGCAAGCAAACUAUGGAAAUCUUGACUCGGAUCAGGGCCCUAUCACAUUGAGAUCUGUAAUCGCCAUGGAAGAGCAUCGAUGCCGUGUGCUACAGGAGAUGAUUGACGAGGCAAGAACUUCGCUGGAAAGAGCGGAAGAAUCCCGCGAAGAGCUGCAGAAAGAACUCGGUCAGGUGACGCAAAAUACGCCCAGCCUCACAAGCGGAAGGUCAGCAGUACAACGCCACCUGCAAGAAAUACAAGCUGAAAUCGCUCAAACGCAAGACGAGGUCCGGCAGCUGGAGGGGGACACUGCGGCCCUUGCUGCCGAGCGCCAGCGUGUGGAGCACCUCAUUAACGAGGCCAACCAGCGGAAGGCCAUAGGUGAUGCUGGAGGAUCUGGAGGAUCUGGAGGUGUGGCCGGAGCUCGUGGUUCCAAUGGAACUGGAAAAGAGGAGCCGGCUUCUGCAAUCAGCGGAGGCAACUCAGCCUCGGCUACAGCUGCAUUCUUGAACUCCAGCCUUGGCCAAGGUCUUGGUCCCGGCAAACUGGAUCUCAGCAAUGGCUCUGUCCACAGUGCUGGCAUGCAUUUUUUGGCAUCUCACCGCUCUGUCGAUGAGACCCAAACUACUGCAGAGGUUGGAAGCGUGGCAUCAUGCUCAACGCAAGGCUAUGCAGCCAACUGCAAUGUAUUUGAUACGAUCCAGGAGCGCCUUGCUCUUCUGAGGGAGAAGUGCGUAGACCCAGGUGCCGGACCUUCGAGGGCUCCGGUUUCGCCAGAUGGUUUGGACAUCAGCACUGGCCGGCCACAGGCCAAAGUCCUGACAGAAGCGCAGACUGCCAUUCACUCAGGGGGAGUUGGCAUGGGAAACAGCCUUGAGGUAGACAGAGCGAGGAAACGGCGCAUCCAAUAUCAUCUAAUGAUCUUUUGUGAUGUUUCGACAUUGAGCUCUUGUAUGAAAGGUAUUGCAGAAAAUGGAAAUUAUUGGACAUUUGCGACAUGCACUGAAUUGAAAAGAAAUGUUAAGUUUCUACGCACACACAUGCAUUUAGAUAUAUACAGUAUGUAUAUAUAAAUAUAUAUAU